UCCUCCGCCGAGGUGCCUCAUUCCCGGUUCCUUCCACCUAACAAGAACAUUUCUAGGAAUAGCAGCAGAAAGCUGUGAUUUAAGAAACGGGGGCGUGAUGACAGCCGCUGAGUAUGGAGAGAAAUCCUGGGAGCUGUCCGUGCAGGUGGAUCAAAAAGAUGGAGAUGAGUCUAUGAAAUUUAAGCUGAGGGUGAAGGGGGACUUGCACGUCGGAGGCCUCAUGCUUAAGCUGGUGGAGAAGAUCAAGGCUCCUCAGGACUGGUCGGACCAUGCGCUGUGGUGGGAGCAGAGGAAAUGCUGGCUGCUCAAGACCCACUGGACCCUGGACAAGUUUGGAAUUCAGGCGGACGCUGACCUGCGGUACACCCCCCAGCACAAACCGCUGCUGCUGCAGCUCCCCAACAUGAAAACCAUCAAGAUGACCGUCAGCUUCUCCAGCGUGGUCUUCAAGGCGGUGGCGGAGAUCUGUCAAAUGCUCAACAUCAGAAGAUCAGAGGAACUGUCCCUGCUGAAGCCUCCCGACGACCCGUCCAAGAAGAAGAAGAAGAAAGACAAGAACUCGGCAGAGGAAGACAUCUGGGACGUGGAUUUGUUCGGCGGGGGGCCGGGGGGCACAGGCCCCAUGCACAGUAAGACGAUGACGGCCACCUACGACCCGGAGAACGGGAUGCCGGUGUCGGCCACCAGCCUUUGGUUCGGAGAAAACCCCCUCGCCGAAUCGCAGCCCAACUUGCCGCCCGCCGAGCUGGCUAAGAUGUACCGGCCGCUCUCGCCGGUGGACAAAGCGCCCUACAGUGCAGGCUGGUUGGACUCCUCUCGUUCCCUCAUGGAGCAAGAUAUCCAAGAUGAAGAAAAGCUGCUGCUGCGCUUCAAGUACAACGUCUUCUUUGACCUCAAUCCUAAAUACGACGGCGUCAGAAUAACGCAGCUGUACGAACAAGCUCGCUGGUCCAUCCUCCUGGAGCAGAUAGACUGCACUGAGGAGGAAAUGCUGAUGUUUGCUUCACUACAGUAUCACAUCUGUAAACUGACGCUGUCGAGCGAACCACUGGACCACUCCAACGAGCCAGAGAUAGAUGAAGUCGAGGCCGCCCUGUCCAACUUGGAGGUGACACUUGAAGGCGGACUCGCAGACCGAAUUCUGGAAGACAUUACAGACAUUCCAGAGCUGGCAGAUACCCUGCGGCUGUUUAGGCCCAAAAGACUGACGCUGCGUUCAUACAAAGAAUACUGGUUUGUAUUCAAGGACACCACCAUCUCUUACUACAAGAACAAGGAGACCUCCAGCGGAGAACCCUUGGAGCAGUUUCACCUCCGAGGUUGUGAGGUUGUCCCUGAUGUCAACGUGACAGAGAAGAAGUUUGGCAUCAAGCUGCUGCUCCCUGUUGCCGACGGGAUGAAUGAGGUGUACAUCCGAUGUGACAACCAAACGCAGUAUGCCAAAUGGAAAGCUGCAUGUAUUCUCGCCUCCAAGGGCAAGACGAUGGCCUACAGCUCCUACAAGUCGGAAGUGAGGAACAUCCAGUCCUUCCUGCAGAUGAAGAGCCUGGCACCCCCUCCUGGUCAGGCCGCUCCUGACCUCAACGCAAUGGAGAUGAACGCUGAGUGUUUUUUCUCCCCGCGAUACGCCAAGAAGCACAAAACCAAGCAGCUAACAGCACGAAUCCUGGAGGCCCAUCAGAACAUAGCACGGCUGUCCCUCAUGGAGGCGAAGAUGCGCUUCAUCCAGGCCUGGCAGUCGCUUCCGGAGUUCGGUAUCAACUACUACAUUGUCAGGUUCAAAGGCAGUAAGAAGGAUGAGAUUCUGGGGAUCUCUUACAACCGUCUCAUCCGUAUUGACAUGUCCUCCGGUAUGCCCAUCACCACGUGGAGGUUCGCCAACAUGAAGCAGUGGAACGUUAACUGGGAAAUAAGACAGGUGACCAUAGAGUUUGACCAGAAUGUGUCAAUGGCCUUCUGCUGUGUGAGCUGCGACUGCAAGGUGGUCCACGAGUUCAUUGGUGGUUACAUCUUCCUCUCCACAAGAUCUAAAGACCAGAACGAGACGCUAGACGAAGAACUGUUCCACAAACUAACCGGAGGCCAAGAAUGAGGAACGAUCGAGGCCCGCAGGUCUUUUAGUACAUCUGUGCAUGUAGCUGUGUUGUGAAAGUGCAGCAUUCAUCUACUGGAACCCUGACGACUGAGCGAAUCACUGCCAAAGAAAAUGUAAUAAUGUAAACUGUUAAUGUAAUGUGUUCACACGUAGACCAUGUGUCAUGGUAUAUCAUACUGUGAACAGUUAAAUUAGUUUACCCUGCACUAAACAAUAAUGGCAUUCAUGUAAAUAUUUAGUCAAGAUUCUCUCAAAACUUGGAUACGUUGAUAUUUGUAGGAAUUCAGUUUUUUUUUAAGUGACAAAAAAGCUUUUUGUAAAACAAUCAUUAAAGAGUGUUUUUUUUUAAUGUA